AUGUUGAAGCCCGCUCUACUCUACCCUACCCUACUCGCCCGGGAGCCCCGGGGGCCACCAGGCCCGGGCUCCGAGCCGCCCCACCCAGGCGCGUUCCCCCUUCAGCUCCCCAGGCAGAGGAAACAACAACAAAAGGAGAGAGCCCGCCGCCGCGCCCCCUCCUCGGGCCACAGCCCAGGCUCCGGAGCUGCCCGGGUUACGGGAAGCGAAGUGGGAAGGGAAGCACAGAGGAAGCGGCUGGGGCGGCUGCCGCUCCUUCAGCCACCGCCGCCGCCGCCGCCACCGCUUCUUCACCACCCUAGUUCCGGCCACCCCCACCGCAGCCACCGCCGGUGCCGCUGCUGGGGCUGGGGCCACUGCAGCCGCUUCAUCCUCCACCGGGCUGGAGCUGGGAGGGGUGGGAGAAAAGAGGAAGGGGGGCGGGGUAGCGGGGAAAUCGACCGAACGUCUCCCAACCUGGAGCGCUCAGUGAAACCGACUAGAGAGAAAGGAAGGCGGGGCAGCAGAGGAGGAGCCGAGGAAAGGAAGGGCGGGGGAGGAGGGCGAGGGGAACUUCUGCGCAGGCGCGUUCUUAGCCCCGGGGGUGAGGGCGCUGGGCCUGGAGGGAGGAAAAGGAAGAGUCGGGAGGGAAGGAAGCGGCGGGGGCGCGCUGUGCGCGGCCGCGCUCACUGUUUCGGUCCGGUUAGAUCGUGUGGUGGCGUCGCCGUUUCUCUGGUCGGUGGCGCGGGCGGUGGCGCGCGCCUUCCCCCCUGGGUUUUGUUUGACGGGCUGAGGGGAGGAGUGGGUACCCGAGCACACGGCCGCUCGGCACUGAAAACAGGAGAGACAAGAGGGAUCCGAGGGGCGGAGAGGAAGGAACCGAGGAAAAGGAAAAGGAAGAUGCCGCGAAGCCAGUUCCCUGCUUCCUGACUGCUAGAAAAAACACCUUUAGUCAGCGACCAAGGCCCAGGGGAAGUCACAAUGUGCAGCCCACACUUAAGGAUUGGGUAGUCAUGCUCCUUCUCCUUGGAGAUAGAG